AAGAAGUCACAUCAAUUAUGUCAUUUAUGAAGAGUAACAAAGAAGGGAUUUUUUUUUUUUGUUAUUUUUUAACAAAAAUUUUGUUGUAUAUUUUAGAAAUUACGGUGUAUAUUUUGGAAUCUUUUGACAAAAAUUUUGCAGUGCGCGAGCUACUGCUCUGCUUCUGUUGUCGAUCGAGAGGUGCAUCCGUUUCUUUGGUUCUUUCUUCCAACUCUCAUUUCCGUGAUUUACGAGGAAAAGAGCUGCCUUUUGCUGUAGUUUUUGUUCUGAAUGACUGUGGGAGCUUCAAUUUUUGUGUUUAUUAGGUUUUAAUUGCUUUAAGUUUGAUUUAGCCAGGAGCGGAUUGAUCUAUCGUCCCUUGAAUGGGCAUUGCAAUUCCAGUCUAGAUUUUUUUUUUUCUUGAGAUUCCUCUCUUUGUCAACGCUGCAGUUCUUUGUACUGGAAUUGGGACUUCCAUUUUUCGGAUUUUAUUCUUGGCUAGGUCGCGGAUAGGCAGCUCACUGGCGAUUACAUGACAGAGUUUUAAUCCUGCGGAUAACCUUGUAAUUUUCUUUCACCAAGGGGUCGGAAGGGAAUUGAGAUUUCACCUCUUUUUCUUAUAAAUCUUUGUUGUAGAUUUGCGUCUCGUAUGGAAGAUCAUCUGGUGCUGUAUGUUGAUCGACUCAUGCUGCUCGGGAAAAAUGGAACGAUGCCGGCGGAUGAAGAAAACAGUGCUGCAGAUGAGGGAGACCAGCUUCUUCAGAUGGCGGAGUGUCGUAUCUGCCAAGAGGAGGGUUUAUUGAAAGACUUCGAGAUCCCUUGCGCCUGUAGCGGCAGUCUGAAGUAUGCUCAUAGAACAUGCGUGCAGCACUGGUGCAAUGAAAAAGGCGAUAUAACCUGUGAAAUCUGCAAGGAGCAAUACACACCUGGAUACUCUACACUGCCAAGUGCUCAAUGUACAGUUGAUACCAGUGGUGGAUUGACCAUCUCAGGAUCCCAUUUGGACUUACACAACCCUUGGUUUCUUGCAACGACAGCAGCCCAUCGCCACUCUCUUGAAACUGAAUAUGAUGAGUAUGAUUCUGCUGAAGUCAGCGGUCCUGUUCUUUGUCGUAUUGUUGUUCUGAUGUUAUUGACUCUCUUAUUGCUACGGCAAGCAUUCAGUAUUUCUGUUGUUGUUGAAUUUGAUGAUGGUGAUGAUGACGAUGAUGUUUCGACAUAUUUUUCAAUUUUUCUUCUGCGUGCUAUUGUAUUUCUGUUGCCAUGCUACAUCAUGGCUUGGGCCAUUAGCAUCUUGCAGCGCAGAUGGCGAAGAAAAGAAGCAUCUGCAUUAGCAGCAAAUGAAGCUGCAUUAAUAUUGCAGCAGUCUGCCCUAGGAAGGCAUUUGCAUGUCUCACUAGCAUCUGAGUGACUCACUUGCAGACUAAGCUCCCUCAUGAAGCUUCCAACUUGCCAGAAUUUAUUUUUUUCUUUUUUUUUUUAAAUAUAUAAAUGUUUAAGGUUGAUAGUGGUUAAUCAUUGGUUGAAGUGUACACACAAGCCAAGGGAGAUCAGUUGGUUGUUACUUUUUCUUUUUACUUGUUUACUUUGUAUCUUUCACGUGUAUGAUCCUGACUUGUUUUUUCAGGAGAAAAUUACUGUCUUUAUGAAUA